GCUAUUUUAAAAUCCAUGUAAUUCGAAUAUCGCCAUUACAUUUGGAUAUCUAACAUCUGAACUUUGUUUUGUAAUUUAGAUCAUCAUUUAGACGUUUUUAAUGAUGGCGGACUUAAAGACUAAAAUGGAAGAACAGAUAAAGCUGUUUGAGGAAUGGGCGUUGCAGAAUAAGUUGCAGGAUAAGAAUGAGAGAGAUAAAAACGAUGCACAUCAGAUAAAAGAAAAGCAGGAGGAGGAAAAAGAGCCAAAGCACAAAAUGAAACGAAUACGCCACAAACUGAAACCGACUAUUGGCUUAGGAGGUGAAAAAAAGGAAAGAGGAAAACAAAUGGGAAAGGACGAAAAAUUAAGAGGCGAGUUGGAUGAUGCAGAAAAGGAGAUACUAGAGCUUGAACAACUGUUCCGGUGUAAAGUAUGUCUCGACAAAGAUAGCUGCAUCGUCUUCUUUCCUUGUAGACAUAUGGCAACUUGUGAAUACUGUGAAGGUUUCCUUCACAGUUGUCCUAUUUGUCGGCUUGUUAUUGAGGAGGCAGUCAAAUUAUCUGAGGAGUAGUUGACUUAUCGAAAGAGGAAAUGAAAUCAGCUUUGUUGCGGUUUUGGAAAAAAAUGUGUCAAUAUAUUUUUCAUUCUUUGUGUAGAUUUGUGUAUAAUUCCUGAAUGUUUAUAACCUUAAUGAAUAUAUUACUUUUAUGUAAAACCUUGCUUCAUUCAAUCGUAGAAAAAUAAUGAACAUACUACUUACAAUAAAUGGACACCGCAUUUGAAUGAAUACGUUACUUUAUAAGUGUUUUAGAUGAAAUUGAAGUAAAAUAAGAAUGACCGAAACAUCAAUCAAGUGUAAUCAAAAGACUUUGACACUCUUUCAAAAUGAGCCAUAAUAGAAUUUUAAUUUGUAUAAAAAUAGGUUUAAAAAUACCUUAGAUAAUGUUUUUGUAACACUUGGUUAAUAUUUUUGAAAAAGAGGUCUACUAAACAAGAUGGCUUUACAUGCAUAAUACAAAGCAUAUUUUUUAGAAAUUUAAUUGUUUCAACAGAAUCGAGUACAUAACACAAAACAUUUCAAAUUGUAGAAAUGAAAUAAAAGACUAUAAAUUAUUUAAUUAGUCACACAAAAUAAAAAGCUGAAGGUACAUUUUCUAUAAAAUAUGAUAUGUUUCAUCCCCAAAACGCAAUGUAUUUCAUUUCCUAGAGAACAUAAAGUUUGAAUAAAGAAUUUAAAAAAAAAAUCAUAUUAUAUUAUGUUGUAUAAUCCAACCAAUUAUCAUUUAAUGGAUUCUAAUAACCUAUUAGUACUAUGCCUUAACUUUUUAGAACAGCCGGCAUUUAAAAUGUUCAUAUAGAACGUAUUAUACUUAUUUUACGUUUUUCACCCUCACUUUUUUGUUAUGUAAAUUUCCAACAGGCCACAGGGAGUUAUCCUUAACGCUAAAGCAAGUGUACCAUGUAAAUAAG